AUGGCAGUCACGCUUGCGUUAUCAUCUACUGAGGAUGACGGAGAGGAGCCUUGGUAUAAUAAAGCAUGCAAAUGUGAUUGUCAAGGCAGUUCCAACUCGGUAUGGUCAACGGGAGCAACCAGCUUAGGCUGUAUGCCAGAAUGCCCCUACCAUAAGCCUUUGGGCUUUGAAUCUGGAGCCGUAACUCCAGACCAAAUCAGUUGCUCCAACCCAGAACAGUACGUAGGAUGGUAUUCUUCAUGGACGGCAAACAAGGCUCGCCUCAAUAGCCAAGGCUACGGCUGUGCAUGGCUCUCUAAGUAUCAAGACAGCAGCCAGUGGCUACAGAUAGACUUGAAGGAGAUCAAAGUGAUUUCUGGGAUCCUCACCCAAGGACGCUGUGAUGCCGAUGAGUGGAUGACCAAAUAUAGUGUCCAGUACCGGACUGAUGAGAGUUCAAACUGGGUUUAUUACAAGGAUCAGACCGGCAACAAUCGAGUGUUCUAUGGGAACUCAGACAGGACCUCCUCCGUGCAGAAUCUCUUACGGCCCCCCAUUGUUUCCCGUUACAUCCGUUUAAUUCCCUUGGGCUGGCACGUGCGGAUUGCCAUCAGGAUGGAGCUGUUGGAGUGCAUGAGUAAAUGUAUUUAG